CCACGCCUGCUGCAGCAGAACAACCUGGAUACGCUCCACAUGUCCUGUUCAAACAAGCCAGCUUACUAUUAACUCAGAUAGGGAAGGGUAGUGAAGGGCAGAAAGCUGGUGACUGGCAUUCAUGUGUCAAAUCAUUUUCGCAGCCAUUUUCUCUCCUGAAGCCUGAGGAUCAGAGAGGCAGGUUGGUUUUGGUGUGAGUCAGUGUCACCUUACAUCCUGUGAUCAGCCUGUGAGUGCCGCAGAUACAGCAGUAAACUGUGGGGCAGCAACGCUGAAUGGACAAAACAUGGGGUCAGAUGAGGCCUACAACUUUGUCUUUAAGGUGGUUCUGAUAGGUGAAUCUGGUGUAGGAAAGAGCAACCUGUUGUCCCGCUUCACCAAAAACGAGUUCAACCAUGACACUCGCACAACCAUUGGGGUGGAGUUCAGCACACGGACAGUGCAACUCAGCGGCUUCACCAUUAAGGCCCAGAUCUGGGACACAGCUGGACUAGAGCGUUACCGGGCCAUCACUUCUGCUUAUUACAGAGGUGCUGUUGGAGCCCUCCUGGUCUAUGACAUCACCAAACACCUCACCUAUGAGAGCGUGGAGCGCUGGCUGAAGGAGCUGUAUGAGCACGCAGAUCCCCACAUCGUGGUCAUGCUGGUAGGCAACAAAAUCGACCUGGAGUCAGAGAGAUCUGUGCCCACUGAGGAGGCCAAAGACUUUGCAGAAAAGAAAGGUCUUUUGUUUCUGGAGACCUCAGCCUUGGAGUCAACUAAUGUGGAAGCAGCUUUCAACAAUGUCCUAGCAGAGAUUCACAAGAAGGUGAGCAGUAAGCAAGUAGUUCGAGGCUCCAUCAACGCAGUGUCCCUGAACACCUCCAGAGCAGAAAACACAGAGGAGAAUAAGCCCUGCUGCAGAAACAUCUGAUCAUACCAUCACUCAGGGGCCCAGGGGCCUUAGGGUGGGUGACAGGUGAACCCCUCCUUCACCUACAACCCUGUGCUAGAGCUUGACAAGAGGCAUGCAAUGUGGCAACCAUGGGUGCCAAAAUUAACGGUCCUGUCUUAAGAGAUGCCACUUUGAAAUGACUCAUACAUACAAGACGCAUGGUGGCAUGAUGUUUUCAAAAGAUGAUCGAUAAAUGUGAAUGAAUGUAGCUGGAAACCAGCAUCAGUCUUACAAGAGUCCUUGCUGACCACUGAACAUAGGUCAUAGGUAAAACACUGAACUGUGUUACCCUUAAGAUAAUAUAUUUAUAAUCCAUGCAGAAAUUUGGAAAAAUUAGGGCAUGUGGAAUGUUUUAAAAGUAAAAGAAGCAACUGUUUUAUGUUUUCUUCAAACAGCUUGGUGGCAAAUAUUUUAUGUACUGGCUGUGAGUCUUGCUGUCACUGCUGUGCCUGUGCUCCAGCUCAUGAUCUAUGAUGAGAAUUGAGUGCUUUUUUGUUGAGACAUAAAUGAUUUAUGGAGAAAGCCUGAUGUGUGUUAUUUAUGUCUUGCAACAAUGCAAUCGUCAAGUCAUUAGAAAUAACAGGUUAGAAAAGUUUACCACCUCAGAACUUCCUCAAUUUUAAACAAAAUGCUAGUUGUCAAUCAGAAUACCACACAAAACAAAACUGAAACAUAAUCUCCUGUGGUCAGCUCAAAUCUCUGGGAAACUCUCUGCUGUUUUAUGAGUAGAAGUAUUAAAACAUAUUUGGUCACGGUCUGUUUCCGAUCCAGGCCUCUCUCAAACUGUUCCAUGUCAAAAGCUUGGCUGCCUCGGGGGUCAUAUCCUUACAGGAACUCCAUAAUGAGGACUGAAAAUUCUGGAGACCUCAACAUUAAUAUAUAUGAAGGCUCAAAGAUGUAGAAAAUGUUCUGAUAUUAAAAAAAAAACAAAACAGAAAUUAACUUUAGACACACAGUAGCAACUCUGUCUGAAAGAAUAAGUCAGAGGUGGGCAACCUUUUUAAGCACAAUAUGUUCUUUUUCCUCUGCAUGGGCUGAGAUAAUUGACUAGCCCAAUUAAUGUUGCCUAACCCUGCCAGAGUGAUGCAUACAGUGAAUGAGUGCACAGGCCUUUUGAAGGAGCUGGGGUAAUAUGGUGGGGGAAAAAGUUUCCUUCCAGUAUCAGAUUUAAUAACACCACAACCAAACCAGCUGUCACUUUUUUAUGUGAUGUCAGUGGAUUACCUGAUAAAGACAUAGCAAACAUGAGUUACACCAGUAAUGGCCUUUAAUCAAACACUGAAUAUCAGCUGGUCCAUGUUGUCCAUGUGUGACAUUAGGAAAGUUUCUGCCUGACCACAAAAACAUGGAAACAGUGCAUAAUAGUGACCAUUGUUCCAUGACCAUAUUGGUUGCUUCCUACCCUCAGAUACAACCCAUAGCAGCAGGUAUACUGUACUUUUGUUGCCUCUGGACUUUUUUUUUUUUUUUUUUUUUUUUUUUUUUUUUUACAGGACAGUAUUGUAAAAACAGUGAAACUGAAUCUUUAAAUGCUGAGAGUUGUUUCAGGGGCUUUCCAACUCUGCCAUGUGUUUCAUUAUGGGAAAUACCAACUACUGCUACAUAUCAUGUAUAAUCAUUACUGUUUAGACUAUGUAUUAUUAUCUUGUUUUCAUUCUAUAAUCUAUUUUUAAUGCAUAGAAUGGUUUAGUUAAAUAAUAAAUAAUAUGGUACAUUUGUUCAUAUCUCAUGCAUGUACAUACCGCAGUUCAAGAUCUUAUAGUGUCUUUGUAAGUAAUUUAAGUAUAAACUGAACUUUGUGGGAUACUGUGCUAUAAUCCCUGACAUUAAAGAUUUCUGCUAAAAUAUAAUGUAGUGGAGAAGAAGUAUCAAGUAGCAUAAAAUGGAAAUACUAAAGUAAGUAUAAGUACUUCAAAAUUGUUCUUACAGUAGUGUAUGUGAGUAAAUGUACGUAGUUACUUUCAACCACUGUCUACAUGAUUUAUUUGUUGGAUUCAUUUAUGGAUUCAUAAAAUUAUACUGUAUUUAAUCAUA